AUGGAUGGUCACUUCCAUGGAUCUGAUAGGAGCAGUCGUCAAAAAAGGAAGCGAGUGGGUUUUGCUGAUGCUCUCAGCCAGUUGAAGAGUCCAUGCAAUAAAACAGCUCGACCGGGUUAUUUCAAUGUGUUCCUUGUGGGUUUUUCGGACAAGGAAAAGGCCGAUAUUCGGCGAAGUUGCACGGAUGAAAUCGACGUGAAAGAUUUUGUGUCAACAGCAGUUACGCAUGUUGUUGUUAAGCUCCCCACAAAGAAAAAUAGACAUUUUCCAUACGCUGCCUUGUAUUAUGCUGUCGUAUCUGGUGCGUGGAUAUUACGACCGAGUUGGCUGUCACAUUCUAAAGAAGGGAUUUUGCCGGAAGGUGACCAUGAAUUCAAACACAAUCAAGUCGACAUUCAAACACCGCUGCUCUCCAAAUUCACACAAAUAGUCAGCUUGUACGAAAGGUAUCAGAAAUCACGUGAUUGCAGAGGAUGUAACAUUUUUUCACACCGUGUGUUCAAACGAGUUCUUAUCCUUACUGGUCGAACGUCCGAAGGGAAACAGAAAAGAGCAGCGCUUCAAAGCCUCAUCAGUGCAGGUGGAGGAUCUACCGCUGUAGACGAGUCUUGGCGAGUUAUUAAAGAAAGGCCGUCUAAAGCUGCUACUCUGAUAUCGUGCAUUAUUAUCGAGAACGGUGAAGAUUUGGGUGCUCAUGGAAUCAAUAUUAACUUCGUUAAACAACUAUUGAUGAAAGGAGUUCCUGUACUGUAUGAAGAAGUGCUUUCGCAGUUGUUGCAUAAUGAAGUCUUUCCAAAUCUGGAGAUUAUGAUGACGCAUGCUGUUUAUUAUUGGUCCAAUGAGCACCCCGUCAAGUUGACGCUUUCAAAACAAGAGCUUGAUUCUGUUCGGAAGAUCUGUUUGGAAUCCGAAAACAGUGAAACGGAACACGAAGUGGUUGGUAACAGUUCAAAUAGUAAGUUCUCUGGGUCGCCCACAGUGUUGAAUUCCCAUCUAACGAGCGUGAAGAAUGUGAACGUUGACGCGUCAGAAACUGUGGAAUGGAAUUGGUAUAAGGGUUGCGAUGAUCUACUAGACGAUCUGGAGAGGGAAAUAAAGGAAAAUCAGCUGAGACAAAAACCAGCAUCGCUGUCCCAGACGAGCGUUGCGGAUGAAGACAAGAUGCCUCUAGUCUGUCUUAAUCAUGAAGAAAUGGUCAUUGGGACGACAGCGGAAAAUUCUGAGAAUGCUUUGAAUGACUGUGGUCUUUUCGAAGUUUUCGAUUUCAGUGAUCUCCAGAGUUUUAUCGCAGCUCCUUCAUUCGAGGGAUGUUCGUGGAGCGAUGUAAUGCUAACACGAAGUCACAUGAUCCCGAAAGCAUUGGCAAGAAGUGGAAUGGAAUGCGGCUCGUUUCCAGACAACUUGCGGCAGUUCUUCGAAGCGCUUAUAGUGGAGAUGCAGAAUAACACUCCAUCUUCGUUCAUACACGAUUUUAUCUGUCAUGAAAUUGUCAUUUCUCUACAGAACUCGCUGCAUCCAUCACUCUUACCAUCACCGGAUACCUUAUCUCGUUUGUUCCAUGAUAUAGCAAAGCCAGAGUUUGGACAGAAGUUCGAUGCGGCAAGUGCAGUUUAUCGCUUACUUAUGUUUUUUCUCUAUCAGUUUCCGGCUUGCAACGAAGAAGGUCGUUUUUACUGGCUACAAGUGCUCACAGACGGACCACUGGAUGGUGCUUGCGCGCCGUCAAGUGACCGUCGCGGAUCCUUUCUUGAGUUCAACAACCUGAUGUCAAGAGUCGCUGGUUUCAGGAAGAUGGUUCUAGAGACUUUCACUCAUGAUGGAUCCAGUCGGGAUCUCAUGGAAUUCAUCGUAUCUGUGCUAGAAGUGGACCUAUUCAAUAUGGAGGUAAAAUCACUGUGUUCUAUCCUACCACAUGCGAUAAUCUUUUGCCAAGACAGUUUUAAAAUGCGCUAG